CGCGGAGAGGAGCGGGCGUGGUGCUGCGGUUCCUGCACACUCGGGCCCGCGGCUCUCGCAGGACCUUCAGCGGCGCUAUGUGGGGACAGAGCAUCCGGAGGUUCACGACCUCUGUGGUCCGUAGGAGCCACUAUGAGGAGGGCCCCGGGAAGAAUUUGCCAUUUUCAGUGGAAAACAAGUGGAGCCUACUACUUAUGAUGACUUUGUAUUUUGGAUCUGGAUUUGCUGCACCUUUUUUUAUGGUAAGACACCAACUGCUUAAGAAAUAAGGAUGUUUUCAUUGAUCCACUAAACAGAUGUGAAAAGGAACAUUUUAAGAGGUGCAGUCUCUGAAAAAUGGAUCAAACUCUUGAAUUCAACAUCCUCAACAUGUUUGUAAAUAAACUUAUGGCAUGAAUCUUUAAUGCCUCUUCGCUGAAACAUGGAA